AUGCACGUCUCAAAUCUCUUAUUACCUCUUUUAACCCUCUCUGUCACUACCCCUGCGGCAGUCUCCGCUCUCCACAUCAACCCUCAUCACAAGAAAGCCCUAUCUACUCCAUCCAACGGUCAACUCCAGGCUAAGAGGGAUGUACCAUCUGCAGGGCACAAGAUCAAGGCCAAGAGAUUGGUGAAGAAGAAGAAGAGAGCUACUUGCCAAGUCAAAUUCAAUGCUACCUCCAUUGCUACCGAAGCUACCACCAGUGCCACUUCCACCGAUUCUACAGUCUUACCUACUUUGACCAAUAAUGAAAAUUGGGCCAACGGCACUGCCACUGCCACUGCUACGUCUACCUCAGCAUGGGGCGAUGAUACCGCUUCUGUUUCUGCUUCAACCUCGGCUUCAGCCUCCUCGACAUCCUCAGCUUCCAACUCAUCAUCAACGAGUACCUGGACGAAAGUAGAAGAAUGGUCUGGUGACUCGUUCUUCGACAAUGUCAACUUCUGGGAAUGGGAUGAUCCGACCCAUGGUACCGUAGAUUACCUGAACUCGGCUGAUGCAUGGAGCAGUGGUUUGAUAUCCAUCAACAGUAAUAAGAGGGCCGUCAUGGCGGUCGAUACCACCCAAGUCGUAUCCACUGGUAGAAAAUCCAUUCGUGUUCACGGUAACAAAAUCUUUACUGGUGGAUUGAUCAUUAUGGACGCAUACCACAUGCCCACCGGAUGUGGAACAUGGCCUGCAUGGUGGUCCAACGGACCUAACUGGCCUAUAGGCGGUGAAAUCGAUGUCUUCGAAGGUGUCAACGCGUUCUCUCAAAAUCAAGUUUCACUGCAUACCGAUAACGGAUGUACAAUGCCAUCAGAUAUGAACAACGGACAGGUCGGUCAACUCACCACUGGUUCAUACGACUCUUACAACUGUGCUUCCUACGCUACUUCCAACCAAGGUUGUGGUGUAAGAGAUGAAGUCACUCAGAACGCUUAUGGUGAACCCUUCAAUGCUAUUGGUGGUGGUGUUUAUGCUACUCGAUGGAGCAAAGCUGGUAUAACCGUCUGGUUCUUCCCUCGAACCAACAUCCCAUCCGACAUCACCAACGAUUCACCUGAACCAUCAGGAUGGGGAACACCAAUGGCCCACUUCCCUUCUGAUAAUUGUAGCCCAUACCAAUUCUUCUAUGACCACUUUAACAUCUUUGAUACCACGCUCUGUGGUGAUUGGGCUGGGGCAGACGGCGUCUGGAACUACGCCGGAUACGCAGGACAAAGCGAAUCGUGUGCUGCUCAAACGGGAUACUCGACUUGCGCAGAUUACGUCUUGAAUCAAGGUUCGGCCUUUGCUGAAGCUUACUGGGAAGUCUCAUAUGUUAAGUACUUCAACUCUACCACUGAGGUAUAA